AUGGGGGCUUUCUUUCAAGUAAGACCAGAAGAGUACAAAGCACCACACGCACAUAGGAGGUACUUAUCAUUCAGCCACUCACUCACGCUACCCUCCUGUUUUCGUAGGAAGGCAACUUGUUUUCCUUCAAUGGGAUGCGUGACUCGCCAGUUUUGCCAACUUACUAUCCUCCAUAUUGUUAAUCUCCAUCCCUCACAGUCAUCAUAAUGGCGGCAAAAGAUACGUGGUAGAAUUGACUCAAUAUACUAAUCAUCUUCGAAGUGAGUGAGUAGAGGAAUUUUUGUUGACAAGAAACUAUCGUGCAAACACGAAGAGUUCUCACGAUGAAGAGAGUGGAUGCCGUCUCGCACUGACUAGAAUAACCUCCUGCUCCUUCCACAU